AGAAUUUUAUACAAACAAAAAGACUUGGAUUCACCGUGCUGGGGUUAAUCUGCUAAGAAGUAUUUGCAUUGAAUGACCUUUGUUUAAUCAAUGCGACUGCGCUUCCGCCCUACAGGUAAGAGCGAGUGACGUCAUAGAGGAGUCCAGUCCUGAGACAUAGAAAGAAGCAAAAAGACGGCGAAUGGUGACGCUAGGGAAGGUUUUUGCUUUUUAUGUUGGCUGCGGAAAGAAAGAUAUUAACAAUGUGCGCAUUCGAUCAACAAAAGGGUCCGCGUCGCUUGAUGAGAAAAGGUAUAGCGCUGAUAAUAGUUGGGCACAUUAACUUCAUCCUGGGAGCCAUCGUGCACGGCACGGUUUUACGGCAUAUCUCCAAACCCAGUGGCCGAAUCACUACGGAAUAUUCAGCAGCUAACAUCAUCGCUGUUUCGUCUGGACUGUUGAGUAUUGCAACUGGUAUCAUUGCAAUUCUGGUGUCAAGAAAUCUUCUUAAUAGAAAACUGCAAGUCGGUCUCCUGGUGGGUUCCUUCCUGAACACCCUGCUCUCUGCCGCCUGUACCGUGGGCAUCCUCCUUGCCAUCGGCCUGACCAUCCACGGGGGGGGGCACAGCCUCAUGCAGGGCUGCAACUUCACCUCGGCCCCUGCCGGCGCCCGCUCCUCCAUCGUGGCCGACUGCCCUUUUGACACAACCCGCAUCUAUGACACCACCCUUACCCUGUGGUUCCCGUGCGCGUUUCUGGCCGCGACAGAGGCUGGGAUCUCCAUAUGGUGUUUCAUCAUUGGACUGACGCUGCGAGGCCUGUGGCCUUGUGGUCAUAGCUACAUCACGAGGUGGAAGAGACCGUGGCUAUCAGGAAAAGGAAAGAUCCAGAAUGUUCCGCUCAGGAGGUACUGCUUGUUGGGCACCAACCUGCCCGCACAUAAGGACUUGGGUCUCUGAGGUGGUUACUGAACUGCUGGCCAGUCCCUUCCGUGAGUCUGCAGCACAGAAAAGAUGACAGACUGAGUAAUGCCAAAGAUUUUCUUGCUAAAGUUCCCAUGCAAUUUCAUCACUUUUGAUGGGGUGGGGGG